CAUGAACGAAGUUGUCAAGGAGCUCGAGAUUUUACUGUCACACAUCUCCAGCUCUGGAUUCACAAGGGAGGCGCGAGCCAGCCCCUUGUACAGCGAUACCAAGUCUCUCAGGUCUGACGAUUCAUCCUUCCAGUACAGUGGCAGAUUUCCUCAAGUAGUGGAACCAAAGUGAAGAAUGGAACGACGGAAGAAAGGAGGAUUGAGCAAGGUCAAGUUUUCUAGACUUAGAUGGGUCACUCGGAGAAGCUCGAGGGCGAUUCCGGACAAGGCUCGCAGCUAUGGCAGCUUUCUCCUUCUCCUGGAGUCGCUGCUUCGUCUCCCAGGUCAGAUUCCUCCACAAAGUCCGACGAGAUAAGCAACAUCCGAGUCAAGCUCAUGUGUAGCUAUGGUGGAAAGAUCCUUCCUCGGCCCAAUGACAGCCAGCUGAGAUACAUGGGUGGAGAGACCCGGAUAGUCGUCGUGGACAGAGCCAUCACUCUGCGCGAGCUCCUCCAAAAGUUGCGAAAGCUGACCGGGAAAUCCAUGCUGCUCAAGUACCAGCUCCCAGGUGAGGAUCUAGACGCGCUGGUUUCGGUAAAGUCCGACGAAGACCUGGACAACAUGAUGGAAGAGUACGACAGGUUGAUGCAAAGAGAUCCAGCUGCUCGGCUGCGAGUGUUUCUCUUCCAGCAGCAAAGCAGUGGAGAUAACUUUGGUGACCACCACUCGGCGACUGGAAGAAGCUCGGAUCAGCAGUUCAUCGAUGCUCUCAACGGGAUCGGAGUUCCACUCGUGCCAGCGAUGAGAGCCGCCAGGGAUAAUCUAGGACCAGGGAUGGACGUUGCCGCAGCUUUCCAGGGGGUGGACGCGAGCAAACUUCCGGAGUCUCUGGACGUAGACGACGAGGCCGCCAUUCUUUUCGGCAACCACGAGUUCCACUUCACUCCCGUCGCUCGCUCCAUGUCCCCGCAGAGACUACCGCCGGCUUGCAUCCCACUCUCCUCGACCCCGUUCGUGCCGGAUCAAGCCUCCGUGACUGCAGUGUUUCGCUCGCCUCCGGAAGGAAGUGCUAUCAGCAUUGCAAGGCAGCAGCAUUUCUCCGAGCAGCAGCCACGGUCGGGAUCCAGGAGCCCGACCCGGAACUCGGCUCUUCUCGACGACUCUCCUCGCAGUGCUCGGGCAGCCAUGUCUCCUUCCAGAUUCCGGGACUCGCCUCUAGUCCAUGCUCGCCAAGCUGUGGGGAGCCCAGCGCCAGCGGCAGUAGUGAAUCCAGUGAUAGCGCCGGGGAAGGGCUUCGCUCCAGUGGCUCAUCAGCAUCACGUAAAUCAGAGCUACUCGAGCUUAUAUCCUUUUAGCGACCGCUAGUCAAUUGGUAAAGAAAGGUGGUGUUAGAAAAGCAUAAGCAUUAUAUUCUUCAAACGGUGCCUUGUAGACAAAGAAGAGCUUGGGAUAACUUUAUUUCUUUAAUACGUUGGGGGCAUUAAUAUAAGCAAUAGUUCCAGCAAA